GGCUCACUCACAACAAACAUAGCGGCUUUUUAGACGAAUAAAUGGUCUAUGCAGUUGGAUAUUAACAGAAACGUGAUUACAGGGGACACUAACUUUUUCACUAUAACUAAAAAUGUAUUUGGACAUUUCCCAGUGACGUGAGCUAACUGUUAGGAGCUAGCUAACUGUAACUUGUCGGGCUCGUAAGCCAAACUUGAGCUGCUUUGCUAACAGAGCAGAACUUGGAGGACCAGAACGCUUCACAUUUGGCUUUUAAAUACUACAUAAAACACCAUAACCGGAGUGCCCUUGUGAUGUAGUCGUUUCUACGUACCGGCUUCCUGUCUAUCUACCUUCUGAGAAGGAUUUUAGAUCACCCUCUAAUCACAGCGAUGGAUGAGGACAUCCAAACUUUGAAGCCCAGGCGGAUCCAGAAUCAGAACGUGGUUCAUCGUCUCGAGAGGCGGAGGAUCUGCUCGGGCCGCCCCGGAGCUCACUGGUACAGAGUCCGCUGCUUCCACCAGAACCUUUUCCCCAACUUUACUGUGGUCAACGUGGAGAAGCCCCCCUGCUUCCUGAGGAAGUUCUCACCAGAUGGACGCUGCUUCAUCGCCUUCUCCUCAGACCAGACUUCUUUGGAGAUUUAUGAAUAUCAAGGCUGCCAGGCAGCUCAAGACCUGCUGAGGGGCCAGGAGGGAGAGACCCUCCUGACGGCCAAUGACCAGCGUUCCCUCAACAUCCGGGGCCGUCUGUUCGAGCGCUUCUUCUCCUUGCUCCACGUCACUAAUGUGGCCUCCAACGGAGAACACCUGAACCGGGAGUGCAGCCUCUUCACUGACGACUGCCGCUACGUCAUCGUCGGGUCGGCCGUGUACGUCCCGGAGGAGCCGCCGCCCUACUUCUUUGAGGUGUACCGGAACAACGAAUCUGUGACUCCCAACCCCCGCUCCCCUCUGGAAGACUACUCCCUCCACAUCAUUGACCUCCACACUGGCCGGCUGUGUGACACCCGCUCCUUUAAGUGUGAUAAGAUCAUCCUGUCCCACAACCAGGGCCUCUACCUGUACAGGAACAUCCUGGCAGUGCUGUCGGUCCAGCAGCAGACCAUACACGUGUUCCAGGUGACUCCAGAGGGAACAUUCCUGGAUGUCAGGACUAUCGGGCGGUUCUGUUACGAGGACGACCUCCUGACUCUUUCAGCAGUUUACACUGAGGCUCAGGCUGAGAGUCAGCCGGGCUUCCCCCGCCUUUACACCGACAAAACCAUCAACUCCCUCAAGCACAGGCUGCUGGUCUACCUGUGGAGGAGGGCGGAGCAGGAUGGCAGCGCCACUGCCAAGAGGAGAUUCUUUCAGUUUUUUGAUCAGCUGAGGAGGUUGAGGAUGUGGAAGAUGCAGCUGUUGGAUGAGCAUCACCUCUUCAUUAAAUACACCAGCGAAGACGUGGUCACACUCAGAGUCACCGACCCUUCGCAGCCGUCGUUCUUCGUGGUGUACAAUAUGGUUUCUACAGAGGUGCUGGCCGUCUUUGAGAACACCUCCGACCAGCUGCUGGAGCUCUUUGAGAAUUUCUGCGACCUGUUCCGAAACGCCACGCUGCACAGCCAGGCCGUCCAGUUCCCCUGCUCCGCCUCGUCCAACAACUACGCCCGGCAGGUCCAGAGAAGAUUCAAGGACACCAUCGUGAACGCCAAAUACGGCGGGCACACAGAGGCGGUGCGUCGGCUGCUGGGUCAGCUGCCCAUCAGCGCCCAGUCGUACAGCAGCAGUCCUUACCUCGACCUCUCCCUCUUCAGCUACGAUGACAAGUGGGUGUCAGUGAUGGAGAGGCCCAAGACCUGCGGAGAUCACCCCAUCAGGUUUUAUGCACGGGACUCUGGCCUGCUGAAGUUUAAGAUCCAGGCGGGCCUUCUGGGACGGCCGGUGAAUCACGCUGUGAGACGCCUGGUCGCCUUCACCUUCCACCCCUUCGAACCCUUCGCCAUCUCUGUGCAGCGCACCAACGCAGAGUACGUGGUCAACUUCCACAUGAGGCAUGUCUGCGCAUGACCAGCUCCUGCAUGGCACUGCAAACAAAGUCACACUCGGAAUCAAAUUGGAGGACUUCUGUUAGGAGGUGGCAAUACAACAAACACAAUCAGGAGGCACAAAGCAGUUGGUUCUGUUAGUCCGCCCUCUCAUCCUCCAGGGAAAUCAGCGGUCCUCUCCCCGCACUCUCCUGAUGGAAAACCACUGUUCCUCGCCUCUUUCCCCCUUCCAUCACACAGUGGUCACUCCACUUCCGCCUGCUCCUCCCCCUCCGCGAGAAGGCAGCAAUUCUGCCUUUUUCCUUUCGUCGGCAACGCUCCCCUUUCUCCGCAGAACAAAGAGGGACCUGUAGGGAGGAGAAGCUGGACUAAGUGUAAAUGGAGAUGUAGAGAGAGUGAUUGAUGUGCGACGGAGGUGGUAGCCGUAGGUAGCCGAACCACAGGUGUUUCUCUUUGCCUCACUGUGCUCUGAAAGCUGCACAUUCUGCUCAUGCAGUUGGUCCAUGACCAGCUGUCCAACAAACAUUCUUUUUAUUUUCCUCACAUGGACGGGGAAAAUGGUUAUUUUAUAUGAUAUUGUUUUUACACGUUUUUACAUAUUGCCGUUUGUAUAUAUUUUAUGCCAAUAAAAUUGUUUAAAUGUUGCCAUGUUGAUUUCUUU